AUGAGUUUUCUCAAGAAAUUAUUGAAGGCUGGCGAAAGACGCAAAGGUCCCGAGGAAGAGAAAAGUGUUCCUGAUAGUAAGAUAGAGGGCCAAAUCAAUAUAAGAGACAUACAAGAACAAUUGACAGCUGCGACUAAUUUUCCAUUGAGUGAAUUAACAUCAACGGGAAGUGGUUCACAAAAUUUUUCGAUCCAACCUGUCAGCGGCUUUCAAGGUAUUCUUAAUAACAUCAACGCACCACAUACUCAAUUCCAAUUCCCUGGAGACUUCAAAGACCCCCAAUAUAUAUUUGUGCAGUAUCUUUAUGAUAUCUGUGUUGGUAAAGGAUGGCUCAAGUUAGUGGAUCCAUUGGAGCCAUGUGUGAUGAAGAAAAAUCACAAAGACGGAAGUAAGAUUCAUUACAGAUACCUACCUCCAUGUGAUAAUCUCGGUGAGGGGUCUUUUGUGGACCUUGUGGCACGUUAUCUACGUGCUGAAAUUGCAGUCAAAGUUUCGUUUCCCCUUAUUCAUGCUGUUCUUGAGACAGUCAGACCAGAGGAUGGUGUGAUUCCCAUAGAUUUAGAUCAUAGAAUCCAAAUUCUUGAUUCUAUCCAAGAGAUUCCCUUUGCUAGCAAAUACCAUUACUGCGCUUUUAUUAGAGACGAGAAGAGUUUUGUUGUGUGGGGAUCUACCAUUCAACAAGUGCUUACUUUUUUGAAUCAGAUUGAGAAAAGAUUGAUCAAUUUUGUUUGGGAUGCUGGCAACGCAGUUAACGAAAAAAGAACCAACUAUAUUCCCAGAGUCACUUUUGUUAAUGGUCUUGACUCCUCUGACGAGGAGACUAGCCUGGCCAAGAGAAAUUCUGUCCGGGCUGAAACAGAGGCUGUUUCUGGAUCAACAAGCUCAGAAGAAUCAAACUCUACAGCAGAGUUUGAUAUAGAAAAACAAUACGAGGAAAGGCCAAUCUUCUUUGUACAUUCAGUGAUCAUUGCAUUAGCAGUAAUUGUCCUUAUGGCUUUCAUAGGCAUGUUUGUGUCGCAAUUGAUUAGAAUCAUCGUGACGGAAAACUAUUGGAUAAUUUUGGUAAGUAUCCUAUACAUUCCAGUGAUUUUUCUUUUCUGUGGGUUUUUUGCUACAUCUGUGGUCUCUGUUUUUGUCUUUAUUCUAGGACCAGUGUCACAACUCGAAAAGAACUCAUAUUCAUACUCCGUGAAACGUUCGCCUCGCUUGAAACCAAAAAACGGAGUAUUGCCUCACAUAACUAUCCAGUGUCCCGUCUACAAAGAAGGGUUGCUGACUGUGUUGAAGCCUACCUUUGAAAGCGUUCAAAAAGCCAUCCAUACUUACGAACUUCAAGGUGGUUCUGCUAAUAUUUUCAUUAAUGAUGAUGGACUUCAAGUGAUUCCAAAGAGUGACGCUUUGGAAAGGAUACAGUACUAUGAAGAGAAUGGAUUUGGCUACGUAGCUCGCCCUGGUCAUAACGUUGAUGGAUUUAUCAGAAAGGGGAGAUUCAAAAAGGCCUCUAACAUGAACUACUGCUUACACAUUUCAAACUUGGUGGACGGAAAAUUUGAUGAAAUUAGGGGCGAAACCACUUCUUGGGACCCAAAGCAAGAGUCAGCUUCAUACUUGAAAGCUUUGGAAUUGGUUGUUCAAGAGGAAGGUCGAUGCUGGGCUGGAGGAGAUAUCCUAUUGGGAGAGCUCAUUUUGAUCAUAGACUCUGACACGAGAAUACCAGAAGAUUGUUUUUUAGAUGCAGCAUCAGAAAUGCAUGCAUGUCCUGACGUGGGGAUACUACAACAUGCUUCGGGGGUAAUGAUGGUUGUGAAUGAUUACUGGGAACAAAUGAUUGCUUGGUUUACUGAAUUGAUUUAUUUUUCUAUUUCUUAUGUUUCGGCAAGUGGAGCUGAUACAGCAGCUUUUGUCGGCCAUAAUGCUUUCUUGAGAUGGCAGGCAAUACAAGAAUGUGCAUAUGUUGAUGAAGAUGAUAACAGAGUCAAGUACUGGUCAGAAUCUCAUGUUUCAGAAGACUUUGAAAUUGUCUUUAAAACUUGGUGCGUUAGGAUACAUAGUACGUUUGGCUACUUAUCAUGA